GUAUAGCUGUUUGGUCGCGUGCGUGCGCAGGACUUCCUGGCGUUCGAGCUGAUGAACGGCCACAUCUACCUGCACCUGGACCUGGGCUCGGGCAACGUCAAGGUGAAGGCGACGACGCGGCGCGUGGACGACGGCGCGUGGCACGAGGCCACGCUGCGCCGCAACGGCAAGGAGGGCCGCGUCACCGUCGACGGCACCGCCGCCGACUUCAGCAUGCCAGGCGACUCGCACCAGCUGGACCUGGAGGGCCCGCUGUACCUGGGCGGGCUGGGGCCGCCCACGGCGCCGGUCACCGUGCCGCCCGUGGUGUGGUCGGGCGUGCUGCGCUACGGCUUCGUGGGCUGCAUGCGCGACCUCGUCAUCAACGGCAACCCCAUCGACAUCGCCGGCUACGCGCGCCAGCAGGACUCAGGUAAUAGGGCGAUCCGGCCGUCGUGCCACCAGCAGCAGCCGCAGUGCGACUCCACCCCCUGCAUGAACAAGGGCGUGUGCAGCGAGGGCUGGGACCGCUUCAUCUGCGACUGCAGCGCCACCAGCUUUACCGGCCCCACUUGCGGCAAAGACGCGGCGACGCUGACGUUCAACGGGUCGCAGCACAUGCGCGUGACGAUGCCCGAGGACUCGCGCACGCAGACGGAGGACGUGACGCUGCGCUUCCAGACGACGCGGCCGCAGGGGCUGCUGCUGGCCACCAGCGCCGAGACGUCCGCCGACCGCCUGGAGCUGGCGCUCUCCGGCGGCCGCGCGCGCCUCUCCGUGCGCCUCGGCGACCGCGAGGAGACUCUCACUGCUGGUCAAGGUCUCAAUAAUAACCAAUGGCACACAUUGCGUUUUUCUCGGAGAGGCUCAAGCUUGAAACUUCAAGUGGACGAUGAAUCACCAGUAGUGAGAACUGAAAAUAUAGCAACUUUUGGCAAGCAGAAUAAUAUUUUAGAAUUUCGCACAAUGCACAUCGGAGGCUUAUUUCAUGCAGAAGAAGAAAUCCAAAUGACAAACACUGUGCCCAACUUUGUGGGAUCUAUGCAACAAUUUUCAUUCAAUGGCCAUCCUUACUUUGAAAUGGCACGUUCCUCAGGUGGUGGUUUUCAACCAGCAUCUGGUAACACUCCCCAAAUGAAAGUAACAGCAAAAUUUGGCAAACGUGAUCAGCUUCUGGUGCAUCAUCCUGUCACAUUUAAAUCAAAGCACACGUUUGUUGGGCUUCCUGUCCUUAAGGCCUAUUCAGCAACAAAUAUAUACUUUCAGUUUAAAACAAGAGAGCCAAGUGGACUGAUAAUGUACAAUGCGGGGAAAGAGCAAGAUUUUCUGGCUGUAGAACUUGUGAAUGGACAUUUACAUUAUAUUUUUAACCUUGGUGAUGGUCCUGUUAGAGUAAGAGACAAUGCAAGGAAUAGCCUUAAUGAUAAUAAGUGGCAUGCAGUCACUAUAGGCAGGCCUAGUCCAAAACAGCACACAUUAAUGGUGGAUGAUAAUUUUGCUAUUGUUACUAGUUUAGGGAAUAAUGAGAAUUUGGAUUUAUCAGGAAUCCUCUACUUGGGGGGUGUUCGAAAAGAUAUGUACUCAAUGUUGCCUAAACAAAUCCAGUCCCGACAUGGCUAUGAAGGAUGCUUAGCAAGCCUUGAUUUGAAUGGAGAAUCACCUGAUCUCACAGUUGAUGCUGUCGUACCUAGUCCUCAGUUAACUAAAGGCUGUGAAGGUCCAAGUACUAAAUGUAGUCAUAAUAUUUGCGCAAACAGAGGAGUAUGCGUGCAGCAAUGGAAUUCAUAUGCAUGUGAUUGUGAUAUGACUUCAUACACUGGUCCAACAUGCUCUGAUGAAUCUGUGGCAUAUGAAUUUGGACCUAGUAGAGGGCUGAUUACCUAUCAGUUUCCUGAAGAGAGAAGGCCAGAAAUGAAGAGUGAUGUCAUAGCAUUGGGAUUCAUUACAACCAAGGAGGAUGCAGUUCUGUUACGCAUUGACAGUGGAACAUCUAAUGAUUACAUGGAGUUGGAAAUUGUUGAAGGAAAUAUCUUCAUGGUGUAUAAUAUGGGGACUAACGAUCACCCUAUUGGUGAAAUUAGUGUGAAAGUCAAUGAUAAUGCAUAUCAUGUGGUUAGAUUCACCAGAUCAGGUGCUAAUUCAACAAUUCAAGUGGAUGACUAUAAUGUGCAAACAAAUCACCCAGCAGGUCACCAGUUGACAGUGUUCAACAGUCAAGCACAAAUACAAAUAGGUGGUAAAUGGAAUCGAGCAAAGCAAAGGAUAGAAAGACCAUUUUCAGGAGUUAUGGCUGGUUUAGUAUUUAAUGGACAAAGACUUCUAGAUUUAGCUGCGGAAAAAGACCCACGAACAACAAUAAGGGGAGAUGUGCAAUUGCUCAAAGGCAUUGGUGACCGUAUUCAUGAACCUCUUCAACGCAUGCAACAGACUCCCGCAUCUGGAUACCCUGGAGUGAUGGAUGAUCUAGUGUUUUCAGGAGCUGGUUCAGGCUGUAAUGCUGACGAUGAAGAUGAAUGUACUCCAGCUUUUGACAGUGGGUCAGGAGAUGAUCUCAUUACUCCAGUGUACGUACCACCUACACGUCCAUCAACAACUACUACCCCAAAAUCCACUGACCGGCCUUGUGAUGAUGAAGAUUGUCCCUCAACUGGAUCUGGGUCAGGUGAGAUCUCCACAGAGGAUAGUACUCCAACCACAGGUGGCAAAGGUCCCAUCACUGAAGUAGUCACAUUUGCUGAAGAAACAAAAGCAGAUAUAACAGAAUCAAUUACAUCAGAAACUCCUGGCACUGUUUCUGGAGAAGGUGCUUCCAUAAGCUCUGGCACGAGCAAUGAACCAAUAAUAAUUUCAGAAGCUGGAAUCACAAGCAAUCACACAAGCAGUAGUAGUAGUACAACUGUAACAAGUACAACACAGUUGUCAUCAACUACUACAACAACCACUACAGAAUUACCACCCCCACCCCCACCACCACCUCCACCACCUCCAACUACACGCACUAAGCAUCGGAAUAACACAAGAGUUCGGAUAUCAUCAGAAGCUGCAGAAAAUACAGCUCUUAUCAUUGGAAUCAUAGCUGGAGCAAUGAUUGCCAUCAUUCUCCUCAUCCUCAUCAUUUUGAAGUUCAGGAGCCGCACUGAAGGCUCUUACAAAGUGGAUGAAACAAAGAACUACCAACAGGCUCAAGGACCCAAUGCUGCUCUUCUGGGGACAGCUGCAAGUAAUGGUCAACCUCAUCCACAACAAAUGAAUGGUAAUGUCAAGAAUGGUGCAGAUAAAUUUGCCAAUAAAUCUACCAAGAAACGUGAUAUCAAAGAUAUUAAAGAGUGGUAUGUGUAAACCUUCCACCCUUGUUACUGUGUACAUGAAAGUUGCUGCAUCAGAGGCAUAUCAGACUGAAUCCAAUUUUCUUCACUUACACAGGAAUAACUGUCAGAAUCACAUUUUUGUAUGGUGCCUUGCACCGCAUGAACAGUAGAAAUUGUAUUUUAAAGUUUGAAAAUGACAGAAGACAAUUAAAAAAUGAAACUCACAUCAUAUCAUUAGUAAUAUGUGACUUUAUUACGGACUAAUCACAGUACAUGAGAUGUACUGUUACAUCGUAUCUGCUAAAAUGAAAUUGAUUCCAAAAUCGAGGCAUAUUUCUUUUAAUGAGCAUUUCUUUUGUUUUGUUUUAAAUGGAAUGAAACAUGGCAGAAAUGGCAUUAAGCUGUAUGUAUCAUCACUGUAGAGAGAAAAGGAAUACCAAAUAAAUGUUGAAAUAUUCAACAUUGAAAAUCAUGCAAUACAAAGAAAUAGUAACUAACAUAAAAUCUUGGUAUGCAUCAAUAAUGUUUCUUAUUUUCAAAUAAAAAAUAUAAUAUUUUUUUUUAAAAAAGCUGCUUAAUUCAAUAAUAUUUUAACUUUUUCUCACACACAGUGGUGAACACUACAUUAUUACGAAAGAAUAAUUCUUGGCAAAUACAUAAGAUUCAUUCACACAUAAAACAACUGAUAAUGAAAUAUUUUGAAACUUCAUGUGUCAUUAAGUGAAUGAAUUUUGAAACAAUAUUUUAAGUGGAAUACAAAAUAAUGUUUCUCUUCAGCAUUCACACUAAUGUUUUUGUUUGAUUUAAUUUAACUUGAACUCAGUUAAAUUAAUAUAAGUUGAACUCAACUUUACGUUGUAUACAAUGAACAGGUCAUUGUAUCAAACUUCCAAAGUUUUGUGUUUUGAACAUUAUAUCAAACAUGGGAAGAACUUGAUUUGAAUAGCCAAAUUAAUAAAAUAAAAAGUAAAUUGGCUGGAAGUAUUUUGUAUAUUUAUUAAUUACUGUAGCAUAUGAAAUUGUCAAAAAUUUCCUUUCUAUUUCUCAUUUAACAAAAUCAAUUUUCAAUUUUUCAAAAUUCUUGGUUAGAAAAAUUGUGUUCUAUGCCAAAUAAAUUAAUUGUCAGAGGUAAUAUCAGAAUUCAGAUUUUGGCUUUUAUCAUGUGAUAAAUAUUGUCAGGAAAUUGCAAAUUGCAAAUAUGGAUAAUGUUCCUGAAAUAAAACUAAUAAUUACAUAACAAAAUUUACUAUUACUUAAGUAGUCCAUAUUACAGCAAUGAGAUGUAGGUAUAAGAAAUGUAAAGAAUCGUAUCUGAAUGAAAAUUAAAACUGUUGAAAUGUGAACUCAUGGGCAAAUGUACGAAAAGUAAACAUUGUUAACAGACUUAAAUUUAUAUACGAAUUUUAAGAAAUGAAAAGCACAAGUUAGAAGUAUUAAUAAAAGUGGUGAAUUUAGUGUUACAAUUAAGAAAAAACUUGUCAUGUCAUGACGUUUGUCAAAAAUAACAUUUAUACUCAUUGUGGUCAUAUUCAGUUGCAAUACAUGGCUGACUAAAUCAUAACAUAUUCCGAGUAUAAUUCAUUAAACACUAAGGAAAAACAAAAACUGGAAUGAUACAAAUGGACAAUUUUAUGGAAGUUCUGAAGAGAAGCAACAAUUUUUGGAGCAACGAUGUGACUUUUACAUGCUAAUGAGCAAUCUUAUUUUAGCUCAAUGUUAAAAUAAGAGAGAUGUUUUAACUGUUUUUUUAUUAGUUUAUUGUUUUUACUCCUUUCUUAUUUCACUACAUGAUUUUAAAAACAUCUUCCAUCUCUCAUACUUCAUUUUACAAUAAGAAACCUUUUUAAUUUUAAAGUACAUAUUAUUAAUGUACCUUUAGAGAAUAUCUCUUUACUUAUGAUUUAUGUGCAUAGUUUUGACUAGCAUGAAUCACGAAACUGACUUGGAGAAAAGUUAAAUUAUUGGUAAAUACACAACCAGAAUCAUAAUUUAGUUUAAAAAGAUCAAUUGUGUUCAUGCCAGAUUUUGGAGUUCAGAUUUGCUUCAGUGUAGAUGUUAAAAAUAUUCUCCAUCCCACUACAACCUUCUUCUGACCAUGUGUACAGGCAUUUUAUGCCUUUCCCAAACCCUCUGAAACACAUCUAACAAGCCUCCUUAUCUGAGUUCUCUUGCAGCUGUUGUGAUCACUUCCAUAUUUGUGGAAGAUAUAUACAGCGUUAUUGUAUAUUAUGUUGAAUCUGUAAAAUAAAACAGUUUUUCAUUAAAAUUGUCAAUUUUAUUUCUCCAAUUAUG